AUGGAAAUAAGGGCUGCCUAUAACUAUGAAAAUCAUGAUUUGGAGGUGCUGACAAGCCAAACUUAUAACUCAUUAGCAAGAGUGCUUUUGUACAGCAUUCGGUUGAUAAAGCAAAGCUACGCAAACAUGAAAAUCAAAAUACGUACAAAUAUGUGGAAGGAUUUAUGGAAAGGUAAUGAGCAGAAAAGGAAACGAGUGAAGACUGAGUCAGAUAUUUCAAGGCUAACUCCUAGUAUGCGAAAUCUUGAGACUUGUGCUAGUCUUAAAGGAGAACAGGUAGCAGCUAGAGUCACCCCACGAAAUGCUGAUAAGGAUGAAUGGUUUGUCGUAAAAGUGAUUCAUUUUGACAAGGAAUCAAAGGAAUUUGAAGUACUAGAUGAGGAACCAGGUGAUGAUGAAGAAAGCAGCGGCCAAAGACAAUACAAGCUUCCCAUGGGAAAUAUCAUUCCCUUCCCCAAGAGUAAUGAUCCUUCUAGCGCUUUAGAUUUCCCUCCUGGAAAACAUGUUUUGGCGGUCUAUCCAGGAACUACGGCACUUUAUAAAGCAACAGUUGUUCAAGGCCAUCGCAGAAGGAAGACUGAGGACUAUUUGUUGGAAUUUGAUGAUGACGAAGAAGAUGGAUCUUUACCUCAAAGGACAGUGCCCUUCCAUAAAGUAGUUCCUCUUCCAGAAGGACAUCGCCAAUGA